AUUCAAAAUGUUGUCAAAUUGGAUAUUUUGAAUUUCACAUGCCAAGCUCUGGGGCUCUCUGUAUUGACUCUGUUUCUCUUUAUAUAAUAUAUAUCCUCUUUCUCUUCCAAAAACUUUUCAAUACGAGAGCUUUGAAGAACAAAAGAACACACUCAACGGAUCGUAUUCGUUAAUGGGGAAAAGGAGCUGUUUUUUCUCACUAUAUUUUGUGGGUGUUUCUCUAUCUUUAUGGGUGAUUCAAGUGGCAUUUGCAGGGAGAGAAGGGCCUCUAUUGCAGAGGUAUGAGAAAGGGAGUUUUGGGUAUAGUGAAUCGUUUAAUAGCAUUUUUGAUACUUCCAAGUACGGGAUUUUUCAGCUCAACAACGGCUUGGGUCGAACUCCUCAGAUGGGAUGGAAUAGCUGGAAUUUCUUUGCUUGCAAUAUCAAUGAAACUGUCAUCAAGGAAACAGCUGAUGCACUUAUUUCAACUGGCUUGGCUGAUUUAGGUUAUGUUUUUCUCAACAUAGAUGAUUGUUGGUCUUCUGCAACGCGAGAUGCAAAGGGUCAGUUGGUCCCUGAUCCAGAAGCCUUUCCAUCGGGAAUCAAAGCUCUUGCUGAUUAUGUACAUGGGAAAAGCCUCAAGCUUGGUAUCUAUUCUGAUGCUGGGAUUUUUACGUGUCAAGUUCGACCGGGGUCGCUUUACCAUGAAAAAGAUGAUGCAGAAUUGUUUGCUUCUUGGGGUGUGGAUUAUCUAAAGUAUGACAACUGUUACAAUCUGGGAAUUCAACCGAAAGAAAGGUACCCACCAAUGCGUGAUGCAAUAAAUGCAACUGGACGCACGAUUUUUUAUUCACUUUGUGAAUGGGGUGUCGAUGACCCUGCCUUAUGGGCUGGGAAAGUUGGAAAUAGUUGGCGCACAACAGAUGACAUCAAUGAUUCAUGGGCAAGCAUGACCACUUUAGCUGAUCUGAAUGAUAAAUGGGCAGCCUAUGCAGGACCCGGUGGAUGGAAUGAUCCGGAUAUGUUGGAAGUUGGCAAUGGAGGCAUGACACACCAGGAGUAUCGUGCUCAUUUUAGCAUCUGGGCUUUGAUGAAGGCCCCACUUUUGAUUGGUUGCGAUGUAAGAAACAUUACAGCAGAAACUUAUGAGAUUCUAACAAAUAAGGAGGUCAUUGCUGUAAACCAAGAUCCACUUGGUGUCCAGGGAAGGAAAGUAUACACUGCUGGAACUGAUGGUUGCCUACAGGUCUGGGCAGGUCCUUUGUCUAGAAACCGCUUGGUGGUUGCUCUCUGGAAUCGUUGUUCAAAAGCUGCAACAAUUACAGCCAGAUGGGAUGUACUUGGGCUUGAAUCUGGCACCAUUGUCUCAGUGCGAGACUUGUGGCAGCACAAAGAUGUUACAGGAGAAGCAGUGGCAUCAUUUGGUGCUCGAGUUGAUUCUCAUGACUCUGCAAUGUAUACCUUUACUCCUCAGACAGCCUCACACUCUGAAAUUUAGUUUUUCUUUGUAGUCCAUACGCAUUGUUGUGUGAUACAAGUUCAUGGGGUGAUUCCACUCUUAUGUAUGCUUCUGACUAUGAAAAUGAGCAAACAAGAGUUUUAUAAUAGCAGAUUCUCAGCCUCUUGCAUUUAUUUUAUGCAAGGAGGAUUGGAUUAUGACUGUUGAAACAUGGAUUGGAACUUAUAAAAUAUUGUUCAUACACAUAAACAGUAUAUUUUAAUGUUAUACUCCCCUCAGUGCUAUUUAAUGAAUAACAUUUGUCAUGGAGUUA